CAAUUUCUUUUUUAUUGUUCAUGUCUUGGCUUUAAUUUUAAAUUUGAUCACUAUUCACAAAAGAGUUGUGCUUGGCAAGAGAGAUCAAUAUGUGUACAUUUGGAUCAAAAAAGACAUGAUUACCAAUUAAUAUCAAAAAACGAAGCCCGGAGUUUCCUCUUCAGGCAUGCCAACACAGCCGAAUUUUUUUUUGAACAACCGCAAUCCUUACAAAAGUCUGGAAAGCUCCAGCAGACGAUGAAUCCUCCUCUUUUAUUGUCUCUAUAACAGCCAUGUCGCACAGAAAGUAUGAGGCUCCCCGUCACGGUCACUUGGGUUUCGGCCCUCGUAAGAGAACCAGAUCUCACCGUGGUCGCGUUAAGGCUUUCCCUAAGGAUGACUCCAAGAAGCCUGUCCACUUGACCGCCUUCAUGGGUUACAAGGCUGGUAUGACCCACAUUGUCCGUGAUCUCGAACGUCCUGGUUCCAAGAUGCACAAGAAGGAAAUCGUUGAAGCCGUCACUGUCAUCGAAGCUCCCGCUAUGGUUGUUGUCGGUGUUGUUGGUUACGUCGAAACUCCUCGUGGUCUCCGUACCCUCACUACUGUCUGGGCUGAACACCUUUCUGAAGAAGCCAAGCGUCGUUUCUACAAGAACUGGUACCGUUCCAAGAAGAAGGCCUUCACCAAGUAUGCUCAAAAGUAUGCUGAAGGUGCCAAGGACAUCACCCGUGAACUUGAACGUAUCAAGAAGUACUGUUCCGUUGUUCGUGUCAUUGCUCACACUCAAAUCUCCAAGGCUAAGUUGAACCAACGUAAGGCUCACUUGAUGGAAAUCCAAUUGAACGGUGGUUCCAUUGCUGACAAGGUUGACUUUGCUCGUGAACACUUUGAAAAGGAAGUCACUGUUGGCUCUGUCUUUGAACAAGAUGAAAUGAUCGAUAUCAUCGCUACCACCAAGGGUCACGGUUUCGAAGGUGUCACUCACCGUUGGGGUACCAAGAAGCUUCCUCGUAAGACUCACCGUGGUCUCCGUAAGGUUGCCUGUAUUGGUGCCUGGCACCCUAGCAGAGUCAUGUACUCUGUUGCUCGUGCUGGUCAACGUGGUUACCACCGUCGUACUGAAAUCAACAAGAAGAUUUACCGUAUUGCCAAGGGUACUGAUGCCAAGUCUGGUACUACUGAAUACGAUUUGACUGAAAAGUCCAUUACUCCUAUGGGUGGUUUCCCUCACUAUGGUGAAGUCAACGAAGACUUCGUUAUGAUCAAGGGUUGUUGUGCUGGUUCCAAGAAGCGUGUCAUCACUCUUCGUAAGUCCCUCACUGUCCACACCAAGCGUUCUGCUUUGGAAAAGGUCACUCUCAAGUUCAUCGAUACCUCUUCCAAGUUCGGUCACGGUCGUUUCCAAACCCCUGCCGAAAAGCACCAAUUCAUGGGUACUCUCAAGAAGGAUAUCUAAGUUUAAUAAAACAAAAAGCUUUCGUGUUUCAUCCAAGUUUA